GUUUGUUUGACAGAAGAGAGAACAGAAUGUGACGUAUAUAAAGGACUUCAUUUCAUCAGUAAUGGCUUCCUUCUCCAUUUCGAUAAUAAUCUGUCACGUUUUUUUCAUCUCGCCCACCAGAAGAAAAAGGUCAUCGCCCACCUUCUUCUUCCGAUCACCGCCUUCCUCCGCCGCCGAUUUCCGUCGGCAACUUAGAUCUACCUCCCAAUCUUCUGUUUCCUACCCUACCGACCCCUCCAAUUAUCAAUUUCCCUCUUUUUUCCCCUUUCCAAAACCCCGAUUUCGCCCCGACUUGCGCCCGGGACUUCUCCGCGCUGAGUCGCGACCGCCGCACGAAUUCGUCGAAUUCCCUCGACAAUUCUCCCGGGUAAAGCUGCUGGGGGUAAUCGGAUUCACCCGUAUUUCCAUUUCUCUACCGGUUGAUGGACGCAAUUAGGGUUCGCGACAGUGAUCUCGCGAACAAGCCGAGCUCGUCGACGUCGCAAUCCCCGCUCUCGGUGACGACCUCCACCUCGAGGAACGAGACCAUCAAUGGCUCCCACGAGUUCGACAUCAGUGGCUACUCGCUGUCCAAGGGGAUGGGCGUCGGCAAGUACAUAGCUUCCGAGACGUUCUUCGUCGGGGGUUACGCUUGGGCGAUCUACUUUUAUCCCGACGGGAAGAGUCCCGAGGAUAACGGGAAUUACGUGUCUUUGUUCAUUGCGCUGGCCAGCGAGGGGACGGAUGUGAGGGCGUUGUUCGAGCUGACGCUGAUGGAUCAGAGUGGGAAAGCACGGCAUAAGGUUCAUAGCCAUUUUGGUAGAAACCUGGAGACAGGUCCUUAUACCCUUAAAUAUAGAGGGAGUAUGUGGGGUUAUAAGCGGUUUUUCAAACGAACUCAACUGGAGACUUCAGAUUACCUGAAGGACGAUAAACUUGUGAUCCGUUGCUGUGUUGGUGUUGUUAAGUCGCAGACAGAGGGACCUCGGACCUAUUCAAUUCCUGUGCCACCUUCUGACAUUGGUCUUCAGUUUGGAAUGCUCUUGGAAAGUGGGAAGGGGUCCGAUGUAAAUUUUGAAGUUGAUGGUGAAAUGUUUUCUGCACACAAGCUUGUUCUUGCUGCACGCUCUCCAGUAUUCAGGGCACAGCUUUUUGGUCCAAUGAAGGAUCAAAACACUAGGUCCUUGAAAGUUGAAGAUGUAGAAGCCCCAGUCUUUAAGGUUCUUUCUCUCAAUUUCUCUUUCUCCUUUCUCUAUACCAGUUUCUCGCUUUUGUUGUUUUCACAAACAUGUCCGUACUUAAGUUGGCAUUUUAAAAUUCUUUAACUGAUAGUGGUUCCCAUUUCCCAACCAAUGCGAUUGUUUUUUUUAUAAAGACCAGCAGGCAACGCGAUAUUGUUAAUAGGUAGCUUAUCUGAUUACAGAACAUCAUUGACAGUCCUUUUUGCUAGGCUUGUUUGCCCUUCUCUUAUUUUCUUCAGUUGCAUUUGAGUGGAUGAUUCUGGUUUGUAUUUCUGGUGCUUCUCUAUAUACGGUAAUUUGCUUAUUUAAGCUGUCUUCUUUUAAUAACUUCCGCACAUAAGAAACCUGGAGAAGAGCUGAAAACACCAUAUCUUCAGCCACAAACUAUUCUACUAUUAUCAGAACCCACACUAGUUUGUAUUUUGUGAUAUCCUGCUUGGUAAUGACUUGCUUGGCUCGCCUUCCAAGUAGCUUUGUUUCUGUGGUUGAUCUGAAUAGUUUGUGGUUUUUAGCACUUAGCUGAGUAUCAAUGCUUUUGCAACAAAUGAUGAUUUGUUCAUUGGUAAAUUGGACUUUGUUAUACGAUACAUGGAAAGAGGGAGCCUUUGUAGGUUGGUUACCUGUAUUGGGUGAGUAAUUAUGGUGCCAUACAGGAUGAUUGUGAUGCCAUACUCAAAUAUACUUGUUGCUUUCAUCCAUUAUGGUGCUCCUCCUGUGCACAAUUAUUACUCCAGCUAAGCUCUACUUCUUGGUUUCUCCUCGUGAUAGAUGCUGCUACAAUUGGUACUUGUCCAUAACUACUUAAGCUUGGCAGCAUUAUCUGUGGUUGGGCAGUUAUUGUGAAGAGCUUCAUCUAGCUUGGGGCAUUGGAAGGAACUUUUCCUUGGUGCUGCCCCCAGGAGCUUCAUUUUGUUCACCCCUGCUUUUUGUGUACAUGUAAUGGGGUGGCAGAGAUAUCUUGUGUCUCGGUCGGUUGUGAAAACUCUUCCUUUCAGCUUAUGAGGAAAUAGAUCUGAAGCCAAGGAUGCAGCAGAAUAUUUUCAAAACUCAGAUUCUGAAGUGCUGAACUGCAGUUUCCUGUCUUGGCUGUCUGGGGAAACUGGGCUUUGCUUCUUUCCUUUUAUCUCAAUUAUGGAUAUUGAUUAACACUGAAUUGCUAUGUUACUUUUUUCGUACAGUUAGAUCGAGAUUGAACAGUUCUAAAAUGUAAUUUGUUCCUCACUUUGUGUUGGAAUGUCUGCAGGCUCUACUACACUUCAUCUAUUGGGAUGCCCUGCCUGACAUGGAAGACCUUGUUGGUGUAGUGAACCCCAAAUGGGCUGCCACAUUAAUGGCACAGCAUCUACUUGCGGCAGCUGACCGUUAUGCAUUAGAGAGACUCAGACUACUCUGCGAAGCAAAACUAUGUGAGGAUGUCGCAAUAAAUACAGUUGCAACAACACUAGCUUUGGCUGAGCAACAUCAGUGUCUCCAAUUAAAAGCUGUCUGCCUCAAAUUCAUUGCAUUGCCUGAAAAUCUGAAAGCUGUCAUGCAAACUGAUGGAUUCGAGUACCUGAAGCAAAGUUGCCCUACAGUCAUCACAGAACUGUUGCAGUAUGUUGCCAGAGUUAGUGAGCAUUCUGCAGUUGCUGCUUCUGUUCUUGGGAUCGAAAGCUUGGACGGUGAUAUGAACGGUAGAAGGGUGAAGCAAAGGAUCCAUUGAUUUGUAGGUGUAAGUGAGAAAAUGAAAUUGCGAUGAAGAUCUUGUUAGGGCUUUGCACAGUUUUGCAAACUGUACCGACCAUUGUAGGUGUUGCAUAGUGAAAAGAAUGUAAGGGAAAACAAGAGUCAGUAGUAGAUCGGGGGUUUCAUUUGUUUGUGUAGUGUAUUCACUAACAUUGAAUAGUAUCUUCAAAUUUGUGAAGUUUUAACAUUUCUGCUUGUGAUGUAAGUUUUUAACAUUUCUGCUAUUGAUACACUUCAAUUAGGCUGGAGCAGACAUCUGGGUGUAUACAUUGUGUUUGUAUUGCUUGUGGAAUAAACAAUUCAAUUCAUGGAAGCUUUUGACUGUUCUGAGUGGAUAAGUUAGGUACCAAGCUCAGUUUAACCUGCAGUAGCCAAUUACAGUUGCCUUGAAAUGCAA